CCUAAACCCAUUUCAACUCAAGUCUUGGCUCAACAUCAUGUCCUUUGACAGAGACCCCAACGUUGAAGUUGUGCGUAAAUAUGAUGGUGCAGUUCAAAGUCUAGACCAUGCGCAACAGCCGUGGUCCCCUGAGACCUCUCUACAAGGUCUAUCAGAACCUAUAAGCGCUGCCCAUCAAUAUCUUCGUAAGGUGGCCGAUGACUACAAAAUUCCUCAUGGCGUCGUUGGUGAAACUCCCACCAAGUUGUCUGCUCCAGCCAGUCCCACAGACGCUCCGUUUGGCCUCCCCAUAGCAGAAGAAAGAGAACGCUUUAAGAGCAAGGCGGUGACCUACCAGCAAACCUUGGGCGGGCUGCCUGUGUGGGACGCCAAGUUUAACAUCACUGUAAACGAGGAUAAUCAGGUAGUCAACUCGUCCAGCAGCAUCGACACAAAAGCCUCCAAACCAGAAUUCCCCCCAGAUGAUGCUAAAUACAUGAAAGACGAUGUUACAGCGGAGGAUCUUGGCCAAUUGUUAGCGCUUCCAGUAAGCAGCGGUGGAAUCCACUUCAAAAAAGAGCAGAAGCAACAACGCCUUCUUGUCUAUCGCUACUACACAGAUGAUAGGCAGGAGAUAUCUGGGCAUUCUGCACCCACUUUAGUUUUACGUGAAGUCCCUGAGGCCAUCAAAAAUGGACAGUACUAUGUGGUGAGAGAGGUCCUUUUCUCUCUCCCCAUCUCUGGAUAUGGUGACCUCAACUGGAGAGCAUUUAUCGAAGUCAAGACGGUCUCUAUUGUCUACUUGCGGGCGCUCACAGCUGGUUUAAUUGGCUGGGUGUUUGCCCGAGACCCUGCUACAAAGCUAGGCCACAAAGCUCCCACAACAAGUGGCAGCAUUGCUGACUUGAACCUGCUACGUGACAAAGUUUUGCUUCCUGACACUGUUACGACAACUCCUCAAGCUCUCCAGGGCAGAUAUGCUACAAUCAAAGAUUUCGAUUUGCCUACGAGUCUACCCCCAACGACAGCCACUGGAGAAUUCAAUGAUAGCGUUGAGACAGACAAUUUUGCAGCUGUCAAUGCAUACUAUCAUAUUGCAAAGCUCUUCAGACUUCUGGCUGAGCUGGGCUUUCCCAUCAGAACCAUAUUCAAUGACACCACAUUCCCCGUCCCUAUUGAUCACCGUGGUUUCAACAACCAGGUAAAUGCUCAAGCUCCAGGAAAUGCAACUGGCAACGGCUCCGGAGGGUUUAUCUUCGGUCGGGCUGAUCCAAAUGCGCAAAUUGGUAUUGCUGCGGAUUUUCGCGUCGCUGCACACGAAUUUGGCCAUGCACUUCUGUGGGAUGCUAUUCACUGGCCAGGAUUUGGUUUCGCUCACAGCCCUGGCGACUCGCUGGGUGCCAUAUACUGUGAUCCUGGAAGUGAUGCACAAGAUCGAUUUGAUACAUUUCCUUGGAGUGUUGUCCGUCGCCGCCAUGACCGCGAAGUCACUGAUGGCUGGGCAUGGGAUGGGCCCAAAUACAGAGGAGAUGGGCCCGCUAACUACCUUCGCGAGCAGAUUCUAUCAACCACUCUUUUUCGCCUCUACCGGGCCAUUGGUGGAGAUGCGAUCGGUAAUUUCCACAAGCAGAACUGGGCGUCAAGGUACACUCUGUAUCUGAUCAUUGGUGGCAUCGCUACCAUCACAACAAGGGCCAGCAUGCCGUACCAAUAUGUCUCUGCAAUGAUAUUUGCGGACAAUGGUACAGUGCUUGGCUAUCCUGGUGGUGCUGUCAGGAAGAUUGUCCGCUGGUCAUUCGAGAAACAGGGCCUUUACCAUCCUCUGAACACUCCCAACCCUGGGGUCAUGACACGAGGGCCACCUCCGGCUGUGGACGUAUACAUCGACGACGGUCGAGAUGGUGAGUAUGACUAUGCUCUGAUGUCUGGCAGCCCACCUGGUGUCUGGAAUCGCCAAGCUCCAGAUCAUGGUCUGGUCAACCAGGCUCCCAUUGUCGGAGUUCCCAAUUACUGUUAUGUCGCGGUGAAGAACCGAGGAACACAGGACGCGCAGAACGUCCAAGUCACCGUAUAUGAGUCUAGGAUCCCAGAGCCAAUGAUCUGGCCAGCCCACUUCCAUGUACCGGGCACUGUUGUGCAAUUUGGCGUGCCUAUCCAUGGAAACCGACUGCAAACUGCUACUGUCGGGCCAUUCCAAUGGACUCCCCAAGCACAUCGCGCGUUUGAUAGGCAUAGCUUACUGGCCGCUGUCCGUGCGGACGGUGACCUCCCAAAUACUGACACAAACAGUGGCUUGGCAUGUGCAAACGGGCCCACGGAUAUCGAUAGCCUCGUUCCAUUUGAUAACAAUCUGGCAAUGCGGCACUUUGAACGGUAGAGAUUUCUCAGGCCAUGCCUGAGGUACCACACAGCAGGAAACGAGAUUCUGGAAUAACGAAAAGCUAACAAAUAGCAAUCUUUUUGAUCUGACCAUCUCCCGUUAUGCUGUUCCUUCGUAUUAUGCCUGCGGCGCUGAGUUUCAAUAUUGGCUAAAGUGUCUUGUACGAGAAAGUUGCGUGCUCGCAUGGGAACUGCCUGACCUUGCACAAUUUCAGAAGGUGCUGCAUUUUCACAAAUCCUUUGACUAUUUCUGGCAGAUGGUGAGUUCUGCUACGUCCUCUUGGCCGCGGACGAAUGGCGGAGAGAAAGGGGAAAAAAUGGGACGAGUGUUUGUCUAUAUUUUUGAGGUGUCU